ACAAACAAAUUCCUCCACACUCCUCCAUCCUAGGAGACUCCUUUUCCACUUUCCACCCCAACGGCUCCCCGACAAAACCCAGCCCCGCCGAAACCCUCUCCUUCACUCGUCGGCCUCCGCCGUGACCUGACGGCCUCGCCAUGCCAGCUGAGCUCAAGCAUCCGCCGCCGCCGCCGCCGCCGCCGCCGCAGUGGAGAGUCAACUUCCGCGCGAGGUCCAGGAACUUCAGCGUCGAGGUCAGGGCCGCAACCCCGAUCCCGACGUGGAGGCCUCCCGGCCACCACCGCCUCUCGGUCUUGCUCCGGCUCUGGAGCUUCGUCCUCCGCCUGCAGUCGGACUGCGGGGCCGAGCCUCCGAGGCCGCGCCGGCGAUCCCUCGGGUCCAGAUUCCUCGGAGCCCUCGAGCGAGUCCGAGGAUUUCGAGCCAAGAAACGAGCCGCCGCGACGCGCGAGGCCGAUAAGGCUGAGGUCGGGAUCGUUCGGCUGUCCCUCGUCCCCGUCCUGAUCUCCGCGUUCCUUCUCGGCGCGGUCACGGCCCGCCGCCUGGACAAGAUCGGCGCAGCCGUCGCCGCCGUGGCUCCGACGAUCCUCCGUCGCUGGUCGAAGGAAUUUUUCGCGUGGCAGGGCAGCUUUGCGGCGGCGGCGGCGGCGGCGGCGGCGGCGGCGGCGGCGCUGCUGGGUCUGUUGACCGUAGUCCGAUCAUGGUCUCGAGCGAUCGAUCUGGCAAAGCAGGCGGACUUCGCAGGCGAUUGGGCGCGAGGAAUCUUGUGGAAGAUCUGGAGGAGCGCGGCGUCUUGAAAUUCUUGAUCGGGUCGAUUUAUUUCGAGCUGAGUCCUCCGCCGCCACCGCCGCCGCCGCCCAGGGCCGGUAGAAGUUGGAGUAAAGCCGCCUUAAUUUCUAAGCGAUGGAUAUGAGCCGAUCAUAGACGAACCAAAAUAGGCCCUGAACGGCUGGGCCGAUCACCUCUUUGUAGUUUUCGACGGAACAUAGUCGCAAUCGGCAUUAAUUUCGGGUUCCAUCUAACUCGAAAAAGAGUUUGGAUUAGAGUAUUCAGGGGUUAUUUUCUAGGGUACAUUAUGGUACGUUGCCGACGGGAAAUAUUGACUCGCCUCUUUCUUUA